GCAGCCCGCGGCCGGCCGGGGCGGCAUGGCGUCCGUGUUCCGCAGUGAGGAGAUGUGCUUGUCGCAGCUGUUCCUGCAGGUGGAGGCUGCCUACUGCUGUGUGGCCGAGCUGGGCGAGCUGGGGCUGGUUCAGUUCAAGGACUUAAAUGUGAACGUGAACAGCUUCCAAAGGAAAUUCGUGAAUGAAGUCAGGAGGUGUGAGUCCAUGGAGAGGAUCCUCCGCUUUCUGGAAGAUGAGAUAAAAAACGAGGUUGAGGUUCAGUUGCUGGAGAAGUACCCGCCGACGCCCCUCCCACGGGAAAUGAUUACCCUGGAGACUGUUCUAGAAAAACUGGAAGGAGAGUUACGGGAAGCCAACCAGAACCACCAGGCACUGAAGAAAAGCUUCCUAGAACUCACUGAACUCAAAUAUCUCCUGAAGAAAACCCAGGACUUCUUCGAGACGGAGACCAACUUGCCGGAUGACUUCUUUACCGAGGACACCUCCGGCCUCCUGGAGUUGAGAGCGAUGCCCGCGUACAUGAGCGGGAAGCUGGGGUUCACGGCUGGCGUGAUAAACAGGGAGAGGAUGGCUUCCUUUGAGAGGCUGCUGUGGCGCAUUUGCCGGGGAAAUGUCUACUUGAAGUUCAGCGAGAUGGACGUGGCUCUGGAGGACCCCGUCACGAAGGAAGACAUUAAGAAGAACAUGUUCAUCAUAUUUUAUCAAGGGGAGCAGCUCAGACAGAAGAUCAAGAAGAUCUGUGAGGGGUUUCGAGCCACCAUAUACCCCUGCCCAGAGCCUGCGGCGGAGCGCAGGGAGAUGCUGGCCGGUGUCAACGUGAGGCUGGAAGAUUUAGUCACGGUGAUAACACAGACCGAGUCUCACCGGCAGAGGCUCCUGCAAGAGGCAGCGGGCAGCUGGCACUCCUGGGUCGUCAGGGUGCAGAAGAUGAAGGCCAUUUACCACACCCUGAACAUGUGCAACAUCGACGUCACCCAGCAGUGCGUCAUCGCCGAGAUCUGGUUCCCCGCGGCGGACACCGGGCGCAUCAAGAAGGCGCUGGAGCAGGGCAUGGAACUAAGUGGCUCUUCCAUGGCCCCCAUCUUGACAGCAGUGCAGUCGAAAACAGCUCCUCCCACAUUCAACAGGACCAACAAAUUCACAGCCGGCUUCCAGAAUAUCGUAGAUGCCUAUGGUGUGGGCAACUCGGAGAUAAACCCAGCCCCCUACACCAUCAUCACCUUCCCCUUCCUGUUCGCCGUGAUGUUUGGAGACUGCGGUCACGGGACGGUGAUGCUGUUGGCGGCCCUCUGGAUGGUCCUCAACGAGAGGCGCUUGCUCGCCCAGAAGACAGACAACGAGAUCUGGAACACCUUCUUCCACGGGCGCUAUCUCAUCCUGCUCAUGGGCAUCUUCUCCAUUUACACGGGCUUCAUUUACAACGACUGCUUCUCCAAGGCGUUCAACAUCUUCGGCUCUUCUUGGAGCGUGCGGCCCAUGUUCAGAAACGGCACGUGGAACAUGGACACGCUGGAAGCAAACCCGCUUUUACAGCUGAACCCCGCCGUGCCAGGAGUGUACUCCGGAAACCCGUACCCGUUUGGGAUCGACCCGAUCUGGAACUUGGCUUCCAACAAACUGACGUUCUUGAACUCCUACAAAAUGAAGAUGUCGGUGGUCCUGGGGAUUGUGCAGAUGACGUUCGGCGUCAUUCUCAGCCUUUUCAACCACAUAUACUUCAGGAAAACGCUCAACAUCCUUCUGCAGUUUAUCCCGGAGAUGAUUUUCAUGCUGUGCCUCUUUGGCUACCUGGUCUUCAUGAUCAUUUUCAAGUGGUGCUACUACGAUGUCCACGUGUCCCGCCAAGCCCCGAGCAUCCUCAUCCACUUCAUCAACAUGUUCAUGUUUAACUACAACGACGCCUCGAACGCGCCCCUGUACGAACACCAGCAAGAAGUCCAGAGUUUCUUUGUUGUCAUGGCUUUGAUCUCCGUGCCGUGGAUGCUUCUGAUCAAGCCGUUCAUUCUCAGAGCCCAUCACCGGAAAUCCCAGCUGCAGGCGUCCAUGAUCCGAGAACACGCCCCCGAGGACAUCGAAGGUGACAACGUGAGCCCUCCCCACAGAGCAGGUGACCACGCGGACCAGGAGGACGAUGAAGAGGAGUUCAACUUUGGAGACAUAUUCGUGCACCAGGCCAUCCACACGAUCGAGUACUGCCUGGGCUGCAUCUCAAACACAGCGUCUUACCUCCGGCUCUGGGCCCUCAGCCUGGCGCAUGCAGAACUGUCGGAAGUGCUCUGGACCAUGGUGAUGAACGUCGGCCUCCGCCUGCGAGGCUGGGGAGGCCUCAUCGGGGUCUUUAUCAUCUUCGCCGUAUUUGCCGUGCUGACGGUAGCCAUCCUUCUGGUCAUGGAGGGGCUCUCCGCUUUCCUGCACGCCCUGCGGCUGCACUGGGUAGAGUUCCAGAACAAGUUCUACGUCGGGGCUGGGUACAAGUUUUCUCCGUUCUCCUUUAAAAACAUCCUGGACGGGACAGCGGAGGAGUAGCUGCGGGUCCUGUGGCUGCCGCCCCCCUUCUCUGUCAGUCUGCUCUGUAGCAGCAGCCCGGGCAAGACGGUCGGUGGAAGGAUCGUGCUCAGCCGGCCAGAGGCAGAAGCCGUGCAUUGUUUAGUUGCAAGCCUUCGGUCUGAUAGGACCUCGCCGUGUCCUAGAGGAGCUGUGCUGGCAAGUCACGUCAACCCCGUGCAGCGACCUGAUUGCUGAAUACUAAAGUGAUGGAAAAAUUGGGAGGGGGCUCGGGUGCUACACUGAUUUUUUUUCUUGCAAUAUUUUAAGUGUUAUAUU